CUAAUUGUUAUAAGUGCAGAAUUUUUCAGCUGUGAAGACUGAAUUCAUUUUUUAAUUUCAUAUUAUAAUUAUCAAAUUUUUUGUGUUUAAGAUAGUCUAAAUAAUGUUCUUAUAAAAAAAUUGUGAUUUAAUCAACUCAAGAUAUAAAGAACCAAAGUUUCCUAAAAUUGAUAAAAGAAAAAAAAAUCUACGAAAAAGAUGGCUCUUAACAUUAUUUUUGAUGAAUUUGGAUUCCUCGAGUCAGAUUCUGAUGUUGGCUCAAAAUUGUCACCGAUGCUGAAGCAACCUCCAAUUUCUCCUAUUGAAAGCGAAUCAAGUAGUGGAAUCAGUUCUUUGGACUCUGAUGAUUUAAAGAAACAAUUGCUGUCCUCACCACCUACAAUAUCAAAUUCGCAUGAUGAUCAAGAUGAUGAUGAUGAUGAACGUGAAUCAAACGAUGCUAAUGAUGGCAUGUUUAAUGAGAAAGAGGAUGAAAGUGACGAUUUUGAAGAUAAUGGAAAGGAAACUUCGAUUGAAGAAGUUCCGAUGCCAAUUGCUCCACCACCAGUUAAGGUAAUUUAUCAAAACCGAAAUAUUUUGAAUUUGGGAGACAAUAUCUGGAGUUCGGGGCGUUUUGUUCAAUAUACGAUGUUGCCUGACAAUAAUCUCAGCUGUUUCUUCCAAAACCGUGCUCAAUAUUGGCGCCUCGGAAGUUCAAGUGGCUCUGAAAAACACGAUUCAUUAGAAAAAUGCUCAUGCUGUGAUUUCUGUUAUCCAUCAAUUUAUCAUCAACAACUCAUUCAAAAUGGACAAUAUCCAGCAAAGAAAAAUGCAAUAACUGAUUCUCUAUUAACGUUCUUAAAAAUACAUCAUGUUGAUUUUAAUAAUACAAUGCCAAACAGUAAUGAUAAUAAUAAUAAUAUAAAUAGUAAGAACAUAAAUAACAAUAUUAAUAAUAAUAAUAGUAAUAUAAUUGGCAACAACAAACAACGCAUGUACAACAACAAUACACCUUAUGCUGCUUAUCAAAUUAUGCAGCAGCAACAACAGCAACAACAGUAUCACAAUAAUGGAUAUCACAAUAGCACUAUGAAUGGGCCCAAUCAACAAAUGAGUUCAUUCAAUAAUAAUGGAUAUAGUGGCGGUUUUAACAAUAACAAUAGAACCUCUGCUUUAUCAGCAUUAAAUAUGAUGAAUCAAUCGCGUAAUGUUUCAAAUGCAUUUCCACAAACUAUGAACAAUAAUUCUCGCUUAUAUAAUAACAAUAAUGGACUCUAUAAGCAGUUUUAAGGAACCAAAUUCUGAAUGGUUCGAAUAAUUUCACAAAAUUCGGGAGGAACCAAUAUUUUCAAAAAAUUUAUAUUUUUAAUCAAUUUUUGGUAAACAAUUUUUUUUAAUAUAUUACAAAACAAUACACAACCAAUACGAUCUCUUAAGAAGCGG